AGGUUCCAGAUAAGGAUGCUUGUAAGGUUCAGAAGUUAGGUGAGGAACUAAAUAAGGUGUCAGUGAGGCCUUUAGCCCAAGGCAGGUGUAGGUCACAACAGACACACCCUGUGGAUAACGGACCCCUACUUGCAGACACAUAAUCAAAAAACUGGGGACAAAAUAUGGAAAAUAAAACAUCAGGAAUAAGCGAAUAUCUCCAUGUCAACUGCAGCAUGUCUGGACGCCACAGUUUCAUCUUCAACUUCAUCCCUGUGGUGUAUGGAUGCAACUUUGUUAUUGGGAUCAUUGGCAACAGCUUGGUGGUGGCGGUCAUAUACCGCUACAUGAAGUUGAAGGCAAUAGCGAACGUAUUUGUGCUCAAUCUAGCUGUGUCAGAUCUCACCUUCCUUAUAACGCUUCCAAUGUGGGCCACUUUCACAGCAAUGGGCUACCAUUGGCCUUUUGGUGCCUUCCUAUGCAAAGCAAGUGCUGGUUUGGUCAUCUUCAACCUCUAUACCAGUAUAUUCUUCCUCACCGCUCUUAGCAUUGACCGAUAUCUUGCUAUCGUACACCCGGUGCGUUUCAGACGCCAACGCACCCUACUCUAUGCUCACCUCACUUGUGUACUCAUUUGGGUGUUCGCUUUGCUUCUAAGUUUGCCCACGGCACUAAGCAGGGAUGUGUACAACAUUGGAAACUCUAAAGUGUGUGCUGUUUGGCAUGGCAGUAAGCGGAUCCACUUGAUAGUUACACUUAGCAUACUAAAGAGUGUGCUAGGCUUCCUUGUGCCUUUCCUCGUGAUCAUAACGUGCUAUUGCCUCAUCGGUCAGGCCCUGCUAGGAUCUCGAGGUCUGUUGAGGAAAAACAUUCGCUCUCGGGAAGAAGAGACACUACGUAUGCUAGCUGCUGCAGUGCUAGCUUUCUUUGUUUGCUGGGCACCUCACCAGGCUUUCCACUUCAUGGAGCUUCUAGCCAUGCUCGGUGUGGUGGAAAACUGCCAAAUACUGGAUGUUAUUGACACAGCCAUGCCAUUUACCAUCUGCAUCUCCUACUUGAACAGUUGUGUCAACCCCAUUCUCUAUGGCUUUGUUGGACACAACUUCCGCAAGAACCUGCUGAGCUUGCUGGGUUGUGCAUCUGUUCCAACCAGUGGUCACCUUAGCACUAGCUUAAAGAAUGUGCAUUCCCAUUGUACCCCUGGACUCCUCAAACCAACAAGGACCACAUCUACUGUUAAGACGUAGCUGAAAUGCUUUAUCUCUAUGAUGGGUUUUGUUUUCACAGUUUUGAAAAGUAAUACAAGAUAUUUUUUACC